AUGAUUAUCCAAAAUACAGAAAAUACCUAAAUAUAGGAAAAUAACCCAUAAAAAUGCUUAAACCAUACAUUGUUCUAUUCAAUUAUUUAGAAAUAUCCUUAUCAUUGUUUUGCUCAAGCUAUAAACCAUAAUAACACUUUAAUAGCAUUGGGAUCCAAAUCAGCUUGCAAAGUAAUAUUUAAAAAAAAUGAAAAAUUUAAAUAUUUACUUUAGGUAAAAAAGCAUUAGAGUGCAAUAUCUACUCUCAAUUUCUUUAAAGAUAGUUUAUAAUUAAUUUCUGGCUCUUAUGAUUCAUCUAUUAUAAUUUAACCAUUGAACCUGCUAUCAAAUCUAAAACAUAUAACAAAACUGAAAGGACAUACUCAUUUAAUUUCAUGUUUAGUUGUGAAUACAAAUUAAGAAAACCUUUUUAUUAGUGGAUCUGUAGACAAGAAUAUUAAAUUUUGGACAUUUUCAUCAUCCUCAUGUUGGACUUGUACAUAAACAAUCAGUGAACACUUAGAUUAAGUAAGUGGGUUAUCCAUAAAUCAAGAGUGUAGUAAAUUGAUUUCUUGUGGUAGAGAUAAAUAAAUUUUGAUUAUUGAAAGAUCUUCUGAUAAAAUUUGGUAUGUUAAACAAAAGAUUUCAGGGAAUGGAUAUCGUAUAUCUUUUAUCACAACAGACAUUUUUUCUUUUUAGCCUUACAAUGGAACUCAUUUAUAUUUAUAUACAUUCGAUCUUACAACUGGACUAUACAUAAAAUCAAGAGAACUUGCAGUUUCUGAUGGGGGGCAAGGUUGUUAGUAUUUUUUCCCUUAAGUAUACAUUGCCUCUAAACAACUUCUAGUCUCUAAAAAUGGGUAUUUUGUAAAUUUAAUAAAAUUCAACUUCAAUUCUGAAGGUUGGAAUUGUAAAUUAGAAGAAGAAAUAGAAUUUAAUCAAUUAGGAAAUUUUGGAAAUAUUUUUGGGACAAUUAGCAACAAUGGAGAAUAUUUAGUAACUUGGGAUUGUAAGUCUGGUAUCAUCUAAUUUAGAAAAUUAACCUAUGAGCAAUAAAAAGAAUGA